UUUUAUCCCCAAAUUUCCCCCCUAAACCCCCGACUUUUCCCCUAAAACUGGUAUCCUCAAAACACCCUUUAGGUGUUUCUCUCUGCCACUUUUGCUACUUUCCAAUUUUCCCAGCUAAAUAGUUUUCUUUUAAAAAUUUUGAAUUCUUCUUGCAUUCAUGUGCUCCACUGAUCUGAAACUGUCAUGCUCUUUCUUUUUCAUUAACCCAUUGCAUUAUUCCACUUCACUUUGUUCUAAAUUUUCAGAUUUCCAUCUGGGCUUUUAUCUUCCCCUGUUUUUAUUUUGUGGGUUCUAUAGACAAGGCACACCUUGCAUCAUAGAUUGUGUGAUGGCUGAGCUUGAAAAAUUGGGGCAAAAGUACCGUGUAGCUUUGAGGUGUAGUUUCAUGAACUUUUCUAGAAAUACAAGGUGCUUAAAGUGUAAAGAAAAGGGUCCAAAGAGGGUUGCAACGGAUGAUGUUCAAAUGAAGAAAGGGGAUUGGAACUGCCCAGGGAGAAACCAAUUACACUAGAUUGCGGUCCAAGAACAAUUUGUAGAAGGCACAUAAUGACUGGCUCCUACCUUUACGAAUGCUUGUGGGAGGCAUUGCAGCAACGAAUAAGAAUGGGAUUGAUCAACAUGCAGUUGACACCGUAUGUGCUCUGAAUUCGAAUUCAGGUGUGAGUUUAAGAUAUUUUAUGUGCAAAAAAUUAUUAGAGUGCCUUAUGUUUGUAUGUUAGUUAAGCAGAUUAUAGAUAGAACCUGCAGUAGGAUCAACUAAUUAGUUGAUCAAAAACUACACCCAAUUUUGUAAACGUCUACUUGCAUAUUUGCAUAUACUUAUUAAUAAUCUCAUGUCAACUAAUUAUUCUUUUUUUUAUUUAA